CUGUCUGCAUCAUGGCGGCUUCCAUCUCGGGCUACACGUUCAGUUCCGUCUGCUACUACAGCGCCAACAGCAGCGCUGACCACGAGGGAUUUCUGCUAGGAGAGGUGAGGCAGGAGGAGACGUUUAGCAUUAGCGACUCGCAGAUCAGCAACACUGAAUUUCUGCAAGUGAUUGAAAUCCAUAAUCAUGAGCCUUGUUCAAAACUCUUUAGCUUUUAUGACUACGCAGGCAAGGUUAAUGAGGAGAGUUUGGACAGGAUUCUUAAGGACCGAAGAAAAAAUGUCAUUGGAUGGUACAGAUUUAGGAGAAACACUCAGCAGCAAAUGUCAUACAGAGAACACAUCAUUCACAAACAGCUGACACACAUCCUUGGAGUGCCUGAUCUUGUCUUCCUUCUCUUCAGCUUCAUUUCCACUGCAAAUAACUCCACGCAUGCUUUAGAAUAUGUGCUUUUUAGACCAAACAGAAGGUAUAAUCAAAGGGUGUCACUUAUGAUUCCCAAUCUAGGCAACACUAGUCAACAGGAGUACAAAGUUUCUUCAGUGCCAAAUACUUCUCAGAAUUAUGCCAAAGUUAUUAAGGAACAUGGUACUGAUUUUUUCGACAAAGAUGGAGUGAUGAAGGACAUCAGGGCUAUCUAUCAGGUUUACAAUGCACUUCAGGAAAAAGUACAGGCAGUAUGUAUAGAUGUAGAAAAAAGCGAGCGUGUGGUUGAAUCUUUUCAAGCUGAUGUAAACAAGUUGAAAAGGCAAAUCGCACAGAAGAAAAGUGAGAAAGAGCAAGAAAUAAGAAUGCAACAGGCAAUUCUAAGCAGGCAAAUGCCGACAGAUAACUUGGAGCCUAUGUUUGUUCCACGAAUGUCCUACACUGGGUUUGCUGUGGAAGGCUGCACACUGGAAGAUUCAGAUGUGUCUGAUCCUCCCCCUCCGUAUUCUGAUUUCAAUGCAACCAGUCAAGAAAGUACUGUUGGUAACAGCCUCCUGGAAAGCAAUGUUUUUAUGCCUCGACCUCAAGCAGUAGGUUCUUCCAGUUAUGUUUCCCCAAAUGUAGGAUUGAAAUAUUCUGGUAAUGGAGCAUCCAUGCCAUCUUCCCAAAGAGCGGUUGGUGACAAUGUUGAUGAAUCGGAAGACAGUGAUUAUGAAAACUUGCUUGAACCUACAGAGUCAUCUGACAGUGAAUACUCACAGACAAGAGAUUCACGACCUUCAGCACAUCCUGAUGGAGACUCCAGGAACACUCACACCUCUCAGAUUUGAUGGGGAAGGGAGAGAAGAAAUCCACAUGACACUGGUGUUUUUUUCCCUAAUUGUUACAGAGAUUUUGGGGAUUUAACCUGGAGGAAAGGAACUACACAGAAAUGUAGAAGACUUGCACUAGAUGGUUUAUCCCCCCACCCCCCCCCCCAGUGAUACAUUUUGCAAGUUUUAUAAUGGAAUCAUUAGGAUAAUCAAGUUGUACUAAUACUGAUGAGGUGGUUGGAUGUACUGGUAAACUUUAGGCAAAAUGAAAUUUAUAGAGAUCUUGUAGCUUUUGUUGCCGUAUCUUCUUGUAAGACAAUAAAUUGGGAUGUAGUAAAAACUAAGCACAGUUAGUCAACAAAAUAAUGUUCUCAAAUCAAAACUUACCUCUUGCACUAUCAUGCCUUGAAUUUUAAUUUUUGAAAGGGAAAUAAAUCUUAUCAGCCGCCUUCAGAAUAGCUUUCUAUGGUAAGCCAAGCUGGCCUUUGCAAGCAGAGAGAUUUUGAUGGUCCUGAGAAGCCUGAUGGCAACAGAUGUGGUCCACCUUCUUCUAUGGGUGUGGUCUUUGAACAGAGAAAGGGUUUGUUUCAACUUGUUUUUUAACUAGCAGAAUGUGUGUGUUUCACUUUGAAAUGAUGGUUGCCUUUCUUUCUGUAAAGGGUGUGUGGGGGUGGGAUGAGAUGGCUGGUAAAUCAUCCAAGUGAAUGUCAUAAAUAGCAUUCUGGUUUUGCUGGGUUUACAAUGACUUUAUGCCACACUAGCCUCGUUUACUGUCUCAUUUGUUAUUUUAGCAUCAAUACAAAGUGCACAUACAGGAGUAAAUGACUGCCAGGAGUAGUAAAUCCCAUCACAAUUGGACUUUGGAGUCUGCAAAUUACGAACGUGAGAGACUGCUUCUUGUUUUAUUUGCAUCUGAGUCUUGGAUGUACACUUCUAGACGAGUUACUUUAUGUAAUGAAUAGAAGAGAGGGUAGAAGAUUGUUUGGGGAGUCCCCUGGGUUUAUUACCUCUCUUUCCUCUGAGUGAAAUGUGUAAAUGCUUAUUUUCAUUUGGAUUUCAACUACUUGUCAGCAAAUUGUCGUUUGAGAUAAAGGAAAUGUGGUAUAUUUAGAGAGCUUCGUGUUCAGAUGCACUUACUUUUAUUUAAAUACUGCCUGUAUGCUAAUGUUGCCCAAAAUAUGUGAAAUUGUGCCACUGAGAAGUUUGUCUUACUGGACUUUAUCCCUGAUCUGUAAAUGAGAAAAUGCCCUUUUUAAGAUGAGGUUAUCUUAAGCAUUUUAUGGCUUUGAGGUGUGAAAAACCACUUCUUUGGUUUACACCCAGAAGGACACAGCAGUCACUUAAAAAUUUAAAUAUAUCUGUUUUACAAAAGACUAAAAUUUCAGUCUGUAUUGUCUGUGUAGGCAGAGAUCUGUUCAUUAGCCUCUUCUCGAGCAAAAUGACUGGAAAAACACACCUUCUGUCAAGUGAUUCCACCUUUAGACAUCCAGUGGUCUGGUUUAACUCUUUUUGCAUUACUCUCAUUAGCCUUAACUUGAUGCAUUUUGUCUUGGAGUGGUGCAAUCCACUUAACAGAGACCAUGCUCUGUUGUUACUGCUGGCUUUCUGCAGGCAUCUGUGGAUCAGGCCUGGAGACUUGUGUGUGUUGAAAUCAGGACUGACAAGAUGGCAACAAGUGGAGUUUAUUCUGCACAGAAACCUGCAAAAUGUACAUCUCUGACAAAGCAGUUAAAUGUGACAAUAAAAUAUUAUUUAAUCCUGUAA